GCUCCGAGUCCUGCGCGGCAGCACACCGUCAUCUGCACCCAAGGAAAACUGGUUUUCUAAGUUUUUCUGGUUUGUUUUCAGCGCUCCGCUGAAGGAUCUAUUUCUGUCUCUCCUGCAGAAGGGUGAGCUUUGCCAAUGACUAAUCCCAGUCCUGAAGACUGAUACCGUUGUCACCUGCACAUGGGACGUAGGCCCAGGAGGGAAGUGGAGAGAUAAGCCUUUGCCUGCAGCUGAAGCCCCAGCCUGCCAGGGCCACCCGCCUUUUGCUGCGGCAGAACAGCUAGGGGCUGUCAUUGCUGCCAGGGCCACCUCUGUCCUGCUGCAGAUACUAACAUGGGCUCAUCACAGUGACCACCUGGGGCCCAGACUGCCCGUCGAAAAGAAUUUAGGAGAGUGGCUGGCUGCCUCUCUGCGGGCGAGUGGAACCCCUGGAUGGAUCUUGGGACCCAAGCCCCUCAUGUCUGCCCUGCUGACUCUGUGUGUGGCGCUCUUGCUUCUGGGUAACCCCAGCGGGGGUGCCCGGCACUGGGAGCCCUGUACAGAUCUUCGUCCCCUGGAUAUCCUGGCAGAGGUGGUCCCUUUGAAUGGUGCUACAAGUGGGAUCCGGAUGGUGCAGGUGGAGGGUGUGCGGGGCCUUCAGUUCUCAGCCACCAAGCCCCGUACCACGAGCUUUCCCGCCUCUAGAAUCUUCUCCAGCUGUGAUCUCUUCCCUGAAGAGUUCUCCAUUGUCGUCACCUUGAGAGCUCCCAACCUUCCACCCAAGAAGAAUGAAUACUUGCUCUCCCUGCUGGCGGAGGAGAGGGACACGCUGCUGCUUGGCCUGAGGUACUCGUCCACACAGCUGCACUUCCUGUUUCUCAGCGAGGACUUGGCUGGUGCCUGGCAGACCCGUGUGUCCUUUCGGAGCCCCGGCCUCGUGGACAGCCAGUGGCAUACUCUGAUCUUGGCUGUGUCCCAAGGAUCCUUUUCCCUCACCGUGGACUGUGGCCUCCCAGUGGACAUAAUGGCUGACAUCCCCUUCCCGCCCGCCCUAUCAGUAAGAGGAGCCCAGUUCUUCGUUGGCAGCCGGAAGAGAACCAAAGGCCUGUUCACAGGCGUGAUAAGGCAACUGGUUCUGCUGCCUGGCUCAGAUGCCACCCCAAGGCUGUGUCCCAGCAGGAAUGCCAGGCUGGCUGAGCUGUCUGUUCCCCGAGUGCUGAAGAGGCUCACAGAGAAGCCUGGGGAGGUGCCGAAAUAUCCCUACGAAGCUGACAUGAAAGUAACCCUGGGAUCCCGUCCACCAUGCACCAAAGCAGAGGGUGCCCAGUUCUGGUUUGAUGCCGCCCGGAAGGGGCUGUACCUGUGUGUGGGCACCGAGUGGGUCUCCGUGCUGGCAGCCAAGACCAAGCUGGACUACGUGGAGGAACACCAGAGUCUGCACACCAACUCAGAGACACUGGGCAUCGAGGUGUUCAGCAUCCCCGGUGUGGGGCUCUUCGCAGCCACAGCCAAUCGGAAGGCUAGAUCGGCCAUCUAUAAAUGGACAGAUGGGAAAUUUGUCUCCUAUCAGAACAUCGCCACACACCAGGCACAGUCGUGGCGACAUUUCACCAUUGGGAAAAAGAUCUUCCUGGCUGUGGCUAACUUUGGGCCAAAUGAAAGAGGUCAAGAGUUCUCAGUCAUCUACAAGUGGAGCCCCAGAAAGCUGAAGUUCACCCUUUACCAGAGGAUCGCCACCCAUAGUGCCCGUGACUGGGAGGCCUUUAAGGUGGACGGAGAACACUUCUUGGUAGUAGCCAACCACCGAGAAGGGGACAACCACAACAUCGACAGCGUGGUCUACAGGUGGAACCCCAGCAGCCAGCUCUUUGAAACCAAUCAAUCUAUUGCCACGUCUGGUGCCUACGACUGGGAAUUCUUCACCGUGGGGCCCUACUCCUUCCUGGUGGUGGCCAACACCUUCAACGGCACCUCCACCCAGGUGCACUCCCACCUGUACAUCUGGCUUGUCGGAGCCUUCCAACUCUUCCAGUCGUUCCUGACUUUCGGCGCUGCAGACUGGGAGGUCUUCCACAUUGGCGAGAGGGUCUUCCUUGCAGUGGCCAACAGUCACAGCUACGACGUGCAGAUGCAAGCCCAGAACGACUCCUAUGUCCUCAGUUCUGUCAUCUACGAGCUGAACGUCACGGCUCAGACCUUUGUCAAGUUCCAGGACAUCCCCACCUGCAGCGCGCUGGACUGGGAGUUCUUCUCAGUGGGAGAAGAUCACUUCCUGGUGGUCGCAAAUUCCUUUGAUGGAAACACUUUCUCAGUGGACAGUAUUAUUUACAGGUGGCAAGGCUAUGAGGGCUUCGUGGCUGUACACAAACUCCCCACCUUUGGCUGUCGAGACUGGGAGGCCUUUAAUACCACUGCCGGCUCGUACCUCAUCUAUUCCAGCGCCAAAGAACCCCUCUCCAGGGUCCUGAAGCUCCGGACUGGCUGAAGUCACCCCCACCCUACCAGCUCCCGCUCUCAACCACCUCUGCAUGAGCAGCAGACAGAACCCACCCAGCCCUCUCUGGCCCUGAAGAUGCCUGUACACCUCUCCACCCACUCUGAGCUGGCUCUUGCCCCCUCCCCCAGCUGGUGGCUAUUACCAGAGCCACCGUCCUGGUGACUGGUGGCCAAAUUUCAGGUGACCCUGGGGUCCUACAGGCUGAGGCCCAGGGCUACCACCCAAUCUUGGUGCUCCCAGCCUGUGUCCUGCAGGCAUUCUGCCUUAAAGGGACAGUUUGCUAUCACAUCUUACCUCAAACACAGGGGCCCUAGCAGUCUCUAGGGCCCCAGCUCUCCCUGCCGCCACCCCCCACCCCACUACUGUGCAGCCCUGAU